AUGGUUUGGGGAAGAAAUGCUCAAGAUGUGCGUCUGACGCUAAUGAACUUAUGUUCAUCGUUGAUAAAGCAUGAAUCGAUACAGACCACAGCGGCCAAGGCCAAAAGAACACAAAGGAUGAUAGAGAACCUCAUAACAAAGGCUAAAAAAACAGAUAACGUCGAGUACUCUUUGAAAAAAUGCAAGGCCAACCUGUUCGAACAUAGCACAACGAUUCCAAAGCUAUUCAAUGUCAUUGCUCCAAGAUAUGCCGAUAGACAGGGUGGUUACACGAGAAUCUUGAAACUUGAAAACCGUUUCGGUGACAAUGCACCUCAAGUUAUAUUGGAACUGGUUGACAAUGGUGAGAGGGAAAUGAAGUUUUGGUUGAUGGCAAAGGUUGUUGCAAGGUUAGAGCUACAAGGUCUCCCAGUCAAUGCCUUGACGCAAAAAAAUGUGGACGCUUUGCUCAUGCACCGCUCAGAAGAAGAUUUCAGAAAGCUUGUGGACAUAUGCAAGAAAGAAUUUUUCAAUGAGCCAGGUUCUCUGGACAAUCUACCCAGAAUUGAAGAGGACCGUCCCGUGAAAUCCGUGUUCCACAGGAAUUUCCAGGAUUAUGAGAUUGUUCCGCGUGAGGCGAAAUAA